AGCAUCGUGCCUCGAAGGAUCAGCCACAAGUGGGGCUUGGCUUGGCUGCGAUGUUGCACACUCCAGUCCAUUGCAUUCACGUUCUCUCAAAGCUGGGAGUUUGCCUCAUUCUUUAUUGCUUUUGAUGCCCGAGACAUGCCUGUAACGAGAGCUACUGCGAACAGGAGCGCCUCUACCGUAAGAAAGGCCAAGUCAGCCCCGGCGGAGGUCUCAAAGCCAUCACGCGAACGCAAAGCGAAAGUCACUAAAAAGACCGGCCCCGUGAAAGUAAACAAAGGGAAAAGUGAUGAAAGUACGACGUUUCACCUGAGCAUUGGAUCCAAGAUCCCAUCAACUGAUAAUUUCGGAGGAGAACUAUAUUUCUGUGAUGGAACCAAAACAUCGUUGAAACAGCUGGUGGAUAAGAGUCGCAACGGGGUGAUUGUUUAUGUAUACCCAAAGCCUUGGGAUGACGAUGCAUACGAAGUAUACGGGGAGUUUGAACACGCCCAACUAGACUGGGAGCCGGCAGAACUGGACACGAUAGGCGUCUCACCAGAUUCGGCAUCAUCAACUGCUGCGUUUGUGAAAGAGAAAGACACUCGACUGCCUCUCCUCAGCAAUCCAAGCGGAUCUUUGUCCAAAGCAAUGUCACUUACUUCGCCCAGGGGAAACAUGAUACAAGGGGCUUUUAUUAUCUCGAAAUCAGGGAUUCUUCUCGCACUUACAGUGAUUGAACAACGAGAGGAGGAGUCGAAUGAGUAA